GAUAGGGAUAGUGUUACUGCUUCACUCCUCUGUUCCACCAAACUAUACAACGUAGACAGGAAUAUAAAAAAAAGAGGUUCAAUGGGAAAUUAUAAAUCAAGACCAACUCAGACAUGUACAGAUGAGUGGAAGAAGAAGGUGAGCGAGUCAUACUCUGUGAUCAUCGAGAGGCUGGAGGAUGACCUACGCAUCAAAGACAGCGAGCUGAUAGACCUCAAACAGGUCUUCAGCUCUGAUGAAGCUUUCCAGAAAGUGAACUUGAAUUACCGGACAGGGAGCGGACUGUCCCUGUUGCAUCUCUGCUGUAUGUGUGGCGGGAAUAAAGUCCACAUAAGGACUCUGAUGCUGAAAGGCCUACGUCCAUCCAGGCUUACCAGGAAUGGGUUCACUGCUCUACACCUGGCUGUCUAUAAGGACAAUGCGGAGCUAGUGACGGCAAUGCUCCAUGGAGGGGCAGACAUCCAGCAGGUUGGGUACGGUGCCCUCACCGCCCUGCAUAUUGCCACCAUCGCUGGGCACCAUGAGGCAGUGGAUAUCCUUCUCCAGCAUGGAGCCUAUGUCAACGUCCAGGAUGCUGUGUUCUUUACUCCUCUGCAUAUUGCUGCUUACUAUGGCCAUGACCAGGUGGCAAAGCUGUUGUUGAAGUUUGGGGCGGAUGUAAAUGUGAGUGGGGAGGUGGGAGACAGACCGUUACACCUGGCAGCCGCCAAGGGCUUCCUCAGCGUCGUAAAACUUCUGCUGGCAGAGGGGAGCAAGACUGAAGUGAAUGCUCAGGACAAUGAGGACCACGUCCCGCUCCACUUCUGUGCCCGUUUCGGCCACCAUGAAGUGGUCCACUUCCUGUUGCAGGGCAACUUUGAGCUACAGCCUCACUCUGUCAACAUCUACGGAGACACCCCUCUCCACCUGGCCUGCUACAAUGGCAAGUUUGAGGUGGUGAAGGAGAUAGUGCAGCUGUCAGGCACAGAGAGUCUGUCCAAGGAGAACAUAUUUAGCGAGACCGCCUUUCACAGUGCCUGCACCUAUGGGAAGAGUCUGGAGAUGGUCAAGUUCCUGCUCGGUCAGAACGCCAUGAGCAUCAACCAUCAGGGCCGAGACGGACACACAGGUCUGCACAGUGCAUGUUUCCACGGCCACAUACGUCUGGUCCAGUUCCUAUUGGACAGCGGGGCUGACAUGAACCUGGUGGCUUGUGACCCCAGCCGGUCCAGUGGGGAGAAGGAGGAGCAGACCUGCCUCAUGUGGGCCUAUGAGAAAGGUCAUGAUACCAUCGUCACUCUGCUCAAACACUACAAGCGUCCCCUGGACGACUCCCCAUGUAACGAGUACUCUCAGCCUGGAGGAGAUGGGUCCUACGUGUCUGUGCCAUCCCCCCUGGGCAAGAUCAAAAGCAUGACCAAAGAAAAGGCAGAUGUUCUUCUCCUCCGGGCCAGCCUCCACUCAAGCUUCCAACUGCAGCUCUCUGACCUGGAGUUCAAUGAGAUCAUUGGUUCAGGCUCCUUUGGAAAGGUCUAUAGAGGCAAGUGUAAGAACAAGGUCGUUGCCAUCAAAAGGUAUCGGGCCAACACGUACUGCUCCAAGUCAGACGUGGACAUGUUCUGUAGGGAGGUGUCUAUCCUGUGUCGUCUCAACCACCCCUGUGUCAUCCAGUUUGUGGGGGCGUGUCUGGAUGACCCCAGUCAGUUCGCCAUCGCCACCCAAUAUGUCUCUGGGGGCUCCCUGUUCUCCCUGCUGCACGAGCAGAAGAGGAUCAUCGACCUGCAGUCCAAGCUCAUCAUCGCCAUCGACGUGGCCAAGGGCAUGGAGUACCUGCACAACCUCACUCAGCCCAUCAUCCACAGGGACCUCAACAGUCACAACAUUCUACUCUAUGAGGACGGGCAUGCUGUGGUGGCUGAUUUUGGAGAAUCCAGAUUUCUGUUAUCCGAGGUUGUGGACAAUAUGACCAAGCAGCCAGGGAACCUGCGCUGGAUGGCCCCAGAGAUAUUCACCCAGUGUACACGCUAUACUGUCAAGGCCGACAUGUUCAGCUAUGCCCUGUGUCUGUGGGAGCUGCUCACUGGAGAGAUCCCCUUUGCCCACCUGAAACCUGCUGCAGCAGCUGCAGACAUGGCCUACCACCACAUCCGGCCUCCUAUUGGCUACUCCAUACCCAAACCCAUCUCUGCCAUGCUAAUGAGGGGCUGGAAUGUCUGUCCCGAGGAUAGACCUGAGUUCUCUGAGGUGCUGGCCACACUAGAGGAAUGCCUAUGCAAUGUGGAGUUGAUGUCCCCAGCCUCCAGUAACAGCAGUGGGUCCCUGUCCCCCUCUGGCUCUUCUGACUGCCUGGCGAGGGGCAGUCCUGGUCGGAGUCACGUGGCUGCCCUCCGUUCCCGCUUUGAACUGGAGUACGCCCUCAACGCCCGUGCCUACGCAGUCUGGACUCAGAGCGAGGGACGACGUGAUUCCCAAGGUCCGUCUCUGGAUGAACUGAGGAGGAAUAUGCAGUUUCCACCUAUUGACCGAAAUGGGUAUGUGUCAGACCCUAUGAGCACCAUGCGCUUCCACUCCAACUGCAGCAGCAAUGGCAGCUUCGAAGACAGCAACUAACUAACAUAGAUGGGAAGUCUUCCAGCUCUACUAUGCACUAUUACUGUAGUUCAUAAAGCCAUAACCUUAUUUCUAAGUUUAUCGCAUAGACAUGUUGGUUGAUCUAGUCUUGAGUAUAAGA